AUGAAUGCACUGCUGUUGAGACCAGAAGUCUCGUUCUGGUCUUCCGCUGCUGCUUCCCUCGUGUCCAGUCAGGUAGAGCCAAUGCUGACCUUGCUUGUGAUACUGCUUAUUGUAUGCCGCGACCUUGCCUCAACAGCUGAUACUAGGGACUGGAAGCGUCGGUCAAUAUACCAAGUGUCCACAGACCGAUUCGCCAGAACUGAUGGAUCGACAACGGCAAACUGCAGCGCAAAUGAUACUGUUGCCUGUGGCGGGUCAUGGAGAGGGAUAAUCAACAAUUUGAACUAUAUCCAGGGCAUGGGAUUCGAUGCCAUUAUGAUUUCGCCCGUUAAUCAGCAUGCCAAUGGUACUGUCAGGUAUGGCGACGCGUAUCAAGGCUACUGGCCCAAGAGCCUCUAUGAGCUCGAUGAAAAUUUCGGCACACGUGAGGACCUUCUUGACUUGAGUCAGGCUCUCCAUGAUCGAGACAUGUACCUGAUGGUUGAUAUUGUCUUAAAUAACAUGACCUAUCAUCCAGCCAAGGCGGUCAAUCAUACAGACCUUCCUUUUGAUAAUGCAAAAUACCCCCAGCCAUACUGUGUGAUUACUGAUCGUAACAAUUCUGACACGACACAGAAAUUUUGGGCUGGGGAUAAGAGACCACCGUUGCCGACCCCUAGUAUUGGUAAUAAUACGGUCGCUCAGAUGAUGAAAACGUGGGUCAAAAACCUGGUCUCUAAUUAUUCCAUUGAUGGCCUUCGAAUAAAUGCCGUCAAAUAUGUUGACAAAGACUAUUUGAAAGAGUUCGUCAACGCGUCGAGUGUCUUUGCCACCGGAGAGCUUUUCAAAUCGAAGCAAGAUGUUGCUUGUGAUUAUCAACAUUACAUCCCUGGCCUUCCAAACUACUCGAUCUAUUACGCCCUUAUUGAGGCCUUUGGCAAGGGAAAUAUGACGGCUCUUCCAAGGGCUUUAGAUAGAGUAGCCGAAACUUGCCGCGAUCCCUUUGCCCUCGGUGCGUUUUCGGAAAACCGUGAUCUCCCUCAGUUUGCAUCAUUUAGUUCCGAUCUGUCACUUGCCAAAAACGUGAUUGCGUUCACCAUCCUGUCAGAUGGGAUUCCCAUGUACUACCAGGGCCAAGAGCAGCAUCUCAGUGGUGAUCGUGCUCCUACAAACCAUGAAGCCCUCUGGCUUUCAAAAUAUAAUAUUAGUGCACCUCUGUACCAAUUUACGGCUAUGGUGAACAAGUUACGCCAACAAGCUAUUCGUAUAGAUGACGAUUAUCUUGAACAAGAACUUUACCCCUUGUCUGUCGAAGACGGCAUAUCUAGUUUUCGCAAGGGAUAUCAGCCCCGGCAGGUGAUAACAGUUUACUCGAACCACGGAGAAAAUGGAGGACACUACGACUUUAGGAUUCCGAGAAUUGGUACUGAAAAUCUCAUUCUCACCGAAAUCACCACUUGUACAAAUUAUACUACAGAUACCUGGGGUGCAUUGAAUUUGGUGGUAGAAAACGGGCUGCCCAAAAUAUUUUUUCCAGCCGAUCAGAUGGGAGGAAGUGGGCUAUGUAGCGUUGGAAAUUGGCCAGCUCGAGGUUCUAAAACAGUGGGCGGCGGUAAGUCUCCGUCCGACAAGCAGCACUGGGAAGUUACCGAGAUUGAUGUAAAUCCGAAAUGGGGGAGGAGGCCAGGUCGUCUGGGUUCACGGCCAACGCAUAGCGUGAAGCAUAUCCCAAAGCAGUCAGGCUGUGGGAAAAUGCAGUGUCCAUGGUUACAGUGUUUGGUAUUAUCUAUGCUGGUAGUCUUGGGUCCCUAUCUCUAA